AAUCGGUACUCGUUAAGAAUUUAGUUGAAGCUUGUGCAAAAUGGGACAAGUCGAGGAAAAAGGAAAUGAAAGAAUUGCGCUAAAACGAGAGCUAGGUCUUUUUAGCGCAGUAAGCAUCAUCGUGGCUGUUAUGAUCGGUUCUGGAAUUUUCGUGUCUCCAACCAGCGCUCUCGAAAGAUCAGGAUCCGUUGGAUUUUGUCUAAUCGUCUGGACUACUUGUGGCUUUCUGUCCCUACUAGGGGCUCUCGCAUUCGCCGAAUUAAGUACAGUCGUACCACGAUCUGGAGCUGAAUAUGCAUAUUUUAUCGAAGCUUUUUCACCCUUGCAUCGGUAUGCCGGACAGAUACCAGCUUUUAUAUGUUCUUGGGUUUACGUGUUACUACUACGACCAGCAGAAGUGGCGGUAGUUAUGUUGACAUUCGCCGAGUAUAGCGUACAGCCGUUCUCCGGAUAUUUAAGCAAUCUUCCUGAAGAAUCAAUGCUUAAAUUGAAAAAGCUCAUAGCAAUCUUAGCUCUCGGAUUGAUCACAUAUAUCAAUUUAACCAGUGUAAAAUUAUACGUGAAAGUUCAAAAUAUAUUCACCGUAUGCAAAGUAGUUGCGUGCAUUUUCGUAAUCAGUGGUGGAAUAUGGUGGUUAUGCACCGGUCAUACGGAAUUAUUGAAGAAGCCGUUUGAUGGUACUACCGAUUCGCCUGGUAACGUGGCGUUAGCCUUUUACAGUGGAUUAUGGGCUUACGACGGGUGGACUUCCGCUGCAGUCGUUACGGAAGAGAUCCAGAAGCCGGAAGUUAAUAUUCUUAGGAGUAUUCUAAUUGCGGUUCCCUUGAUUACCGUUUUAUACGUUUCGAUGAAUUUAAUGUACAUGGCUGCCUUAACGAUACCGGAAAUGGUAAGCGCACCAGCUGUAGCAGUUCUCUGGGCGGAAAAAGUUCUGCCCUCCUGGUUGAGCUUUGUAAUACCUCUGGGUGUUGCUUUAUCUACUUUUGGAUGCAGUCUUAGUAUUCAAUUUGGAGUAUCCAGACUCUGCUACGUAGCCGGAAGCGAAGGCCACGUACCCAGAGUCUUUAGCUAUGUACAUAUUGCGAAAAUGACUCCAUCUGCAGCAGUAGCGUUUCAAGGAUUGCUUACGUUAUUUUGUAUGCUUUUGGGAGACAUUAUCGCACUUAUCGAAUUUGCAAGUUUCUUGACGUGGGUAUUCUAUGGACUUGCGAUGUUGUCGUUAAUAAUUAUGCGACGGACGAAGCCAGAUGCAUCCAGACCAUACGCAGUACCAAUUCUGAUACCCUGGCUGGUAUUACUUGUUUCUAUCUUCCUGGCUGUGACACCGAUCGUACACGAACCCUCACCCAAAUACCUGUUUGCAUUGCUAUUUAUUCUUGGUGGUAUUGGUGUUUAUCAUACGUACGUCUACAAAAAAGUUAGAAGUAUUUUGGCAAUGAGAAUCACAUACUUGAUCCAAGUAUUAUGUCUAGUUGUUGCUCCAGAUAAAGAAAACUGAUGACAUUUCAUUUCAUAUCUAAUUGUACAUAUCGUAAGAUCAUUUUCGUUAUUAAUAUGUCUUAGGUUGAAAUAUAUUUAAUAACUCAUUUAAGGGAUUUAGACUUUGAACAAUAAAUAUAAGUCGAAACAUAGAGAAAGAUUGUAUUAUAUAAUAUUAAAUAACAGUUUUAUUCAUUUUUAUCCAUUUUCAUAAAAAAAUUCCAUGUUUCUAUAAAAUUAAUAAUUAGUUUAAAUAUGUAACAAAUUUUUAUAUUUGUGCAGUAUUGUAAAGCAUUUUUAACAUAACUACGAAGAUAUAAUAAAUAUCGACUAUAGCACAGGAUUUAAUAAAAUAAUUUAAUUAUAUAAUAGUGUAAAACAUAUUUAAAAUGUAAAUGUCGAAUAUUUAUUAUAUCUUUACAUAUUUUAUAUAUCACAAUAUUGUGACAUCAAAUUCUUUAGUAACAUUGAUAUUUUAAUAUUAUGACAACAAUAAAUAUUAUUAAAGUUAAUUAUAAUUUGUUAAACGUAAUAAUUGCUCAUUUCAUGUAAAGUACUACAAAAUAUAUAGAAUUUUAUAAAACACCAAAGAUUAAUAUACUUUGGCAUAUAUUCAUAGUCACGUUUAGUAACAUUUACUGUUAGUUUACUUGUCAACUUUAAACUUUGACUACAGAGUAUGGUGACAUAUACAAUUGUUUAUCUAUUAGAACUGUAAGGCACCUCUAUAAGGCUUUUUGUAAUUACCAUGUAAAUUUUAUGCUAAGCAAGCUCAGUGUACUUAUUAUAUUAAGGAAUAUUAUACAUAUCACUUCAUAUAAAAAUUAAGUUAUUUUGUAUAAAAUAGAACAAAAAUAGAACAAAAAAUGCAUGACUGAACGGAUGAAAUAUGCUACAUGCACUUUUAACAAAUCGUAAACACAUAACAAUUACUUAUAUUGUAGCAAUUUAAACAAAGAUAGUAAAACUAAAAUUGUCUAUUUAUACCAGUCUCUAUGUAAUAAAUUUUAUCAAUAUCAA